UCUUGGACUUUAUGUAACGAGUUGAUGAAGUGACUACAUAAGGUAACCAUGUCGCUACUAUGUGCCGCUCAUCAUAUUGUGCUGUCUUUAAACCAAACCAUCUAUGCUUCGGCCCGCAGCCGGUUUUCACCAAGUUCCACUAGAUCGGACAGUUUGGAUCUGUCAAAACCGCCGGAGAUUGCCUGAACGCCAUAGAAUGUUGAGCAUAAUCGAAAAAUGAUUUUGGACAUUCAGGAUGUAUGUACAUGAAGUUUCCUGAAAAGCAUGGAAGGGGGGUUGAAAGGUAUAAAAGCGACUCUCCUGGCUCUGUAGCUGGACAAGACGCAAACACCCAUUCCAUGAUGGACGUUGAGGGUUUCCGCAAAGCAGGAUAUGAAGCCAUUGACAACAUUUGUGACUAUUACGGAUCCCUCGAAUCACGACCCGUAGUAGCCCAGGUUGAGCCAGGGUACCUCGUCAACGCUCUACCUCAUCAAGCUCCUGAAUUUGGGGAGGAUAUCAAAGAAAUUUCAGACGAUUUUCAGAAGCUUGUCGUUCCAGGGCUUACCCAUUGGAAACACCCCGAGUUCUUUGCUUAUUUCCCUUGCGGUAAUACGUUUCCCGGAAUCAUCGCUGACUUGUACUCAAGCUCUGUCUCGAACCCUUGCUUCAACUGGGUCAGUUCCCCAGCAUGCACGGAGCUUGAACAAGUCGUGAUGGACUGGGCCGCCAACCUCCUCGGACUCUCGUCUGCAUUCUUCAACACCCCUCCAGCUGUACUCCCAUCAUCUACUCACUCUUCUCCAUCCUCUUCACCAGGUCCCGAAGGUAGGAGGCCCACUAGACGAGGAGGGGGGACAAUUCAGAACACCGCCUCUGAGAGCGUUCUUGUAGCGAUCAUCGCUGCCCGCGAGCGAUUCCUUUCUGCCCACCCUGAUGUCCCCUCCGAAGACCUUCUCGUCUACCUAAGCACCCAAACGCACAGUUUAGGCGUGAAGGGAGCAAAGAUCCUAGGCCUGAACUAUCGUUUGAUCAACGUGGAUGCCCGCAGUGCGUGGGGCGUUAGAGGGGAAAUGUUUAGAAUGGCGUAUGAAGAGGAUCAGAGAAAGGGCAAAUGGCCUUUUAUCUUCAUUGGAACGAUAGGAACGACGUCCUCUGGAGCUAACGACCACAUUGAAGAGAUAGGUCCUAUCAUCUCCGAACUCGACAAUGUCUGGUUACACAUUGAUGCAGCAUGGGCUGGGGUCUCCUUCGCCUGUCCCGAAUUCCGUCGCGCUGGGAAGCUCGACGCCAUCAACGCCUAUGCCGAUUCGUUCUGCACAAAUUUCCACAAAUGGGGAUUGGUUAACAUUGAAUGCUCCGCUUUCUGGGUCCGUGAUCGCAACGCCCUAAUAUCCGCCCUGGACAUAACACCUUCAUUCCUUCGUACCAAACAAUAUGAUGACGGUACUGUUGUCGAUUACCGCAAUUGGCAGCUCUCUCUUGGGCGUCGUUUCCGAUCUAUCAAACUCUGGUUUGUACUUAGGAACUACGGCGUUCAGGGUUUCAGAAAGCACAUUCGCAAAGGGGUCAGGCUUGCGGAGUUCUUUGCAGACAGUUUAAUGUCGAGGAACCCAGAGACCCGGAUAUUCGAAUUGGUGACGCCCAGGGCAUUGGGUUUGGUUGUCUUCAGACUUGUUGUACCAUCCCCUUCCACGCGUUCAGACGAGUCGGAACAGCAAUCGAACGCUCCGACACCUGCUACGAGCGAACCUCCAAGCAUAGAAACUCUUAACUCGCUCAAUCUGGCGCUUCACCAAUAUCUUACCCAUCCUCCCAACUCAGAUUCCGCCAAUGCCCUCUUCCUCACUCGUACCGAGCUUAACGGAGUUGUUUGUAUGAGAAUGGCUAUUGGAGCUGAAGCGACUACCGAGGCGCAUAUUACGAAAGCGCUUGGGAUUUUGGUCAGAGUUGGCAGGAAGAUUUUGACGGAUGCGGGUCACAUUGUGACAAGGGACUGAUCGGCUGGCUGCUUUGAAGCGAAUUUAUCAACGCUCUCUCGAUCGAUUAAUUUAGUGAACCUCAUUAAUUAAUGCAUACCUUAUUUUUCCUACACUAAUCACCAGCUACAUGCUGAGGGACCACACAUAGUUUUUGGGUACGUUAGGGUACCACUCUGAAAGCCUUGCCCAGUUUUUUUAGAUUAAAC